AUGCAUAAAGUCGAUAGCAUACCUAAACUCACUGCAUUUGUGUUUUUAGUUGGUUAUUUAAUGGGGAUGGACCUCAGUUCUCUGGGUGUUUUUUUGAAUGGAGAUGAAUUUUUGUCCUAUUUUGGGACGCCGACACCAAUUGAACAAGGACUCUUAAUGGGCGCAAACCCAUUGGGUGGCCUAAUAGGAAGUAUAUUUUAUGUUAGUCUUGCAAAAAAUUGCGCAAGAUUAUAUUCAUUUAGACUUUCUACUAUUAUUUGGCUAAUUGGUUGCUUUAUUGGAAUUUUUGUGCUUGAAAUUUGGAUGAUCGCAGUUGCUAGGUUUUUGAAAGGUAUAACAAUUGGAAUGCUUUCCAUUCACAUUACUAACUAUAUAAACGAGGUGUUUCCUAGUAAUAUUAGAGGGAGAACAUUGGCAUUUGUCCAAGUGGGAUACACUUUUUCAAUAUUUUCUAUGCAUUAUUAUUGUGUUGGAUUAAAUACAUUUAAGAGCCAUUAUGCAUUCAGACUUGCUUGGGGAUUAGAAUUCAUUCCAGCAGUAGCAGUAAUAAUUGCAACAUUUUGGAUCCCAGAAUCACCUGUUUACCUCCUAAGAAAUACAAUCCCCCAAAUAUCUCAAAAAGUCGAUGUCAUGAAAGUCAAGCAUGACUCAGACAGUGAGAAUGAUCCCGCUGAUAUCUCAGAUAAUAUUGAUGAUAUAUUCGAAUUCGAGUGCACAAGCCGUAUAUUAUGUAUCAGAGAGAUUCUGAAGCUAAAAACGAGAAACAGAUUAUUAAUGGGAACAAUAUUGCAAGUAUUGGUACAAUUUACUGGCAUUAAUGUUAUUCUGUAUUACAUCACCUAUAUCUGUGAGAUGGCAGGAUUGAAAGAGGAAACAAAACUCUUGGUGUCUGCAGUACCUUAUUUCAUUAAUGCAGUACUGAGCUGCUUUCCGUUAUUAUAUUUAGAUGUAGUACCAAGAAAACUCAUGACUGUUAUAGGUUCUGCGCUAUUAUCAACAAUAAUGAUUGCAAUCGCAAUAUUAAUGUCAACAACAGGACAUGAGAUAGAGCCUAUUAAGGGAAAUAAAUCACUAAUAUGGAUAGUGCCAAAAGUUCCAGGGCUGUUUAUUUUAUGCUUAUGCUUUCUUUUUGUAGGUAUAUAUGCCUUGAGCAUUGCCUGCGUUCCUUGGAUUUACACUUGUGAGUUGUUGCCUGUCAGUGCCAGGGCAAAAGGUUUGCCGAUAUGCAUGGCUAUAGGCUGGCUGAUGAAUUUUUGUAUUACUAUGACCGGACCAUUACUGAUGCAAUAUUUAAAAUGGGGUGUAUAUUUAUUAUUUGGGUCAAUAACUCUAUUGCUGGCUUUUUCAGUUCUGCUAUUGUUCCCAGAAACUAUGAUAGAAAAGGACCGCAAUUCCAUUAAAAACUGCCAUAAUGAGGACUAUAGUAUAGAAGACAUCAAAACAACAGUUUCAUAG